AGGCAGAGGCAGACAGAGCUCUAUGAGUCUGAGGCCAGCCUGGUCUACAGAGGGAGUUCCAGAACAGCCAAGACGACAGAGAGAGGCCCUAUCACAGAGAGGAGGGUAUGUUCUUUCUGGUGCAUCAAAAUCAUCUGAUCACAAAACAUGAAUUAUCAGAACAAGACUCUGUAUAUCUCUAGUACACAUUAAAGCAUAAAUAAAACUAGCACCUUUAAGAAAAAUGUUGGCAUUCUAUAUUUAAUAUUUUUAACCCAAUGCAAUUAUGAAAGUGAUCCUAGUAUAUUGGUCUACUCAGGUCUUUGAUAGACUUGCUGACUAGCAUGGAAAAGCAUCAGGAAGACUAAUUUUUCAGUUUUUUGUGUGUACCCAGCUUGAGUGUGCAUAUUAUCAAGUUCUCUGAAUGGUUCCUUUGAGUUAAGUCUCUUUCCACAACCACAAGGUGAGGUCUAAUUCAACCCCUUGUGCCUCUUGAUGGCAAAGAUAAGGUAGGAAAAAUAUGGAGCUCAGCAAAAGCCUUUCUUACCCUAGCCUGUCCUCACCUCCAGCUUCUCGUUUUUUCAUGCUUUCGUGUAAAUAUUUGUGGAUUCAUUAACUGUCACUAAACCAGUUGGUUUUUCCCAUUCACCUUCUUUGCAGGUCUUACAUGAUACUCUUCCUCUCACUUUGAAGUACAUUAUGUAUUGCUUAAGGAGUUAGUCAAAAUAAACAAAUCAUUUAAUACAAAAAUCCUAUAAUAUUUCAACUACCAUGUAAUAUUGAGAGUCUAUUAAAUGCAAAAUAUAUUUAAUAAUCUAGAACUACCACAAUGAAUGAGAUACAAGUUUGCCUAAAGAAAGCACAGUCUAAUGAGAGAAGCAGACACACCCAAGAACAAGUACACGAUAGUCUGAUAAGCUCUUCGUUAAGCAAGAUCAGUAUGCUUUGGCAGAUCAGAAAAAGUACCCAAACCACUGGGAAUUGAGUGGGAGUCGACUUCCCAGGAAGGGUGAUACUUGGCUGGGUUCUAUGCCAUAUGAAAAGGGGAGAAGAACAAUUCAGAAAAGGAAAAAAAAGGAAGUCUAAAAUAUGAAUUCAUAAAGCAAACCAAAGAACUGAAAGAAGUAUCAUUGAAAAAAAGAGAAUGUGUAGAUGAUCAGUAGAAUGGGAAUGGUGACGGUAGGAUGAGCCUCUCCUCAAAUUUCUCCUUCUCUUGUACUCAAUCACAAUGAGAAAAGUAACUAAGACACACUGUAAGAAAAAACAACAGCUACCUCUUGCUGAAUACUCAAUAAAGGACAAUAAUUAUCACAGCCACUUUCAUGAUUCCUUUAUUUAACUCUCAAAACAAUUCUAAGAGAUAAAUAAGUUGUGAAACUCAUUUCAAAAACAAGAACAGAGAUUCUCAUCGGUCAAGUCAUCCAUCCAAUACAAUUAGCAAUUACACUAGAUUUAAACAUGGAUCAGUACAAAUUCAAUCCAUGUUCUUACCCAUUAGCUUUACUCAAAAUGAAGUUUUUAAAUCUUAAUAUUAAAUACAACUCAAUAGUCAAUGAAAUGCAAUUGACAAAGUUUCAAGCCAGAAAGAAUCAAAUGCCUCUGGCUUUCAUUUGAUCCCACCUUCUUGUCAGCAACAGGUAAGUAGGUGUGGACUGACAGAGCUUGUGGGGUUGCUAUUACUACAGCUCUCAUUAUUUAGUCUCAUCUUUUAAGCAAACUGUCUUAUCUGUUUACAGCUGAAUCCAGAAAAGCAGAAAAAUUUCCACCUGCAAGAUGAACCAUCUCUCCUUGGUCUGACUGAACUGGAAGAAGACCCUAGAUUCAAGCUGGUCAGUAACUGCUGGUCCAUCAUUUCCUCAGAAUUCGGCUUUUCAAAAUGGAACGCACUUGGAAAGCAUUCCUUCUUAACAUCCUUGAAGACCUUACAGAGGAAGAGAUGGGAAAGUUUAAGUACCAACUGAAAAAUAUAGAUCUUGCUAAGGAAUACAGCCACAUUAAACGAGGCACUCUGCAGAAGGCAAACACGGUGGCACUACUUGCUGAUACACUGAUCCAGCACUAUGGAGAAGAAUACUCCAUGACUGUAACCCAUGAUGUUCUGUUAGCCAUAAAUCAACGGAAUUUGGCAGACCUGAUCAUUUCACAAAUGGGAAAGUCUGGACCUUCCAUGGGAACAUCUACAAAAAAGGAAAGCAAGAGAAAACUAGAUAAUGAAGCAAAAUCAGAUGAAGAUAAAUGGCCAAAGAAGAUUCAAAAAUUAAUUACUUCAAUGAGACCCAAUGGAUCUACGGCUCAUCCCACAAAAUCUCAAACAAUCAAUAAUAUAGAAGAAACAAAUAAAAAUCAACACUUUAAUGACUUGAUCCAAAGGCUUAAUCUAGAAUGUUAUUAUUCCAAGAAGAUGACCAAAGUGAAUUUUCUUACGAUAAAUAAGAUAUCCUUCCUAGGCAUUCAACCAAGAUCUGAGAGGGAGCUACCAUAUUGUUUUCUGGAGAAGCUAUUGGUAAUGGAUUAUAAUUUAAGAUUCCUUGUUUACAGAAAGACAAUUUCUAAUCUGCCCCAGGCAGGAACUAUAGAGUCAGAAAAAAAACUGCCAAGAUUUGAAGAUUUUUUCACUAUUAAGGAAGGACAUUCAGCCUCAGUACCAACUUGCAUUCACCCACUAGACAUCCAAAUGGCAAUUUUCCACUGUGCUGACGACUUCACAAGACAGUUUAUUUUAACCAAACUUUCUGUUUGCCAAUUUGCUCUUCCGUUUUUGGUGCCCAAUCCUUGCAAGUCCCAAGUUGAAUUCCCUCUUUGGUCUCUUGGACAAAUCAGAAAAAGCUGGAGGGAGGUGGAAAAAAUAGGUUGGGAGACAAAAAUUAAAAAUUAUGACAACCAUCUGAUUAGCUCACAGCCUAUACACAUCGUAUCAUUAAUAAGAAUUGGAGAUUUUGUCUCGACUUCUAAAUCACAGAUUCUGAAUUUACUCCUGAGUAAGGGCAAACAUGACCAUUUUUUUCACAAUAAUUUUAGGAAAGGCAACAAAAACUGUCUCUUAAUGGCAGGGAUGGUGGAAAUCUGCUGGUUCUGUCCAGGUGGAAGAGCUGAGGACAGAUUUGAAAACUGCAUUGCCUUCACCAAUCUCCAUGGAAAUGCUGAAUUACAUGAAAAGCAAGUUAAGUUCUUGCAUGAGGUCUCUUCAGUCACUGUACUCCUUCUGUCAACUUCAGAAAAUACUUCAGGAAGUGCAAAAAUGAUCACACCUCUUCUUCGUGAAUUUUGGAAUUCACACAAACCUCUCAUCUGUCUGUUUGAAAAUGUAGAAAAUAUUCUGGAUGAGAAGUAUCCUCCUCACAAAGUGAGAAUUGGCAUCAAGGAUCUAAACAAGGUAGAAUUAGCUGAUAAAAUCACAGUUACAUUAACACAGUUACUGAAAGAGUUUACACCACCAUGUAAUUUGAAUAACUGUGCCGACAUUGCGAGGAAGUAUGGGUUUAUUAUUGACGAAGACCAGAGACACUUCCAGGAAUCAGGGAAAAAAGCAGACAGUAUUAUAGAUCUCUUAAGAAAAGUGAAAUUAUCUCAGAUAAAAGAAAGCCUACUGCCUCUUCAGGGACAGCUAUGGCAUGAAUGGUGCAAAAAGGACAAGGAAUCCUACCAACUUAGAGAAAAGGGGAACAAGAACAUUGAACAAUACAAAAAGGAGCUUGAAAAGGAAAAGCAAAAUAUACGUUGGGAACAAUAUCACAAAGUAGUUAACCUUAGUGACCUGAUGGAGUUCUUCCGUCAAAGUCUCCAGUCACACCCAGAAACUCACACUGAGCUCUACUUCCUACAAAGGCUGAGUCUGUUAAUAGAGCAACUAACCAAGACAGAUUUAGAAAACCUCCACCAGAGGCACAGUUUUCUGAUGACUCAGGUGCAAACAGAGAAACUGAAGCAAUCAAAGACAAGCUCCCUCAGACGUUGGGAGGCUGAUCUAGAAGUUGUUUCCAAAGAAAUCCGUAAUUCUACCCUGGGACCUGAGCACCUUCUGAGAGAAUUGGGCCAGAUCUAUGAAUCUCUAGAAGAAACUUCUUCCCAAAAAAAUACACUGUAUCUGUCUGUUCCCCAAAUGGCUGCAGAUCUGAUGGUGUCCGGAUUUCCUAUCGAGCUCAUGGAUGGGGAUGCUUCUUAUGUGCCCUUGAAGUGGGUGGCAGCUGUUUUUGACAAGAUCUCCGAGAAACUUGGAGACAAAAAGGUGUUUGUUCUCUCUGUUCUUGGCCUGCACAGCUCAGGGAAGUCCACGCUGCUGCAUGCCAUGUUUGGGCUGCAGUUCAGCCUCAGUGUAGGGAAGAAUACCCGGGGUGCCUACAUGCAGCUUUUGAAGGUAGAAGAUGUAUUCAAAGAAGAGCUGGGCUUUGACUUUUUGCUUGUUGUGGACUCAGAAGGACUAAAUGCUCCACAGCCAAUGAACAAAGUGCAGAGUAAGGAAAAUGAGCUGGCAACCUUUGUCACUGCACUUGGAAACUUAACUCUAGUCAAUAUUUGGGGGCCAAACCUAUCAGAAAUACAAGCUGUUCUGCAAAUAGCUAUUCAUGCCCUUCUCAGGAUGAAACAACUGAAUAUCUCCCCAAGUUGUCUGUUUGUUCAUCAGAACACAGAAGAAACCAUAGAUACAAAUCAAAGCAUGGCAAGACGACAGCAACUGCAAGAGAAAUUGGAUGGAAUCACACUCGCUGCGGCUCAAUAUGAACAGUGCUCAGAUGUACACUGUUUCAAUGAUGUCAUUAAGUUUGACAUCAGAACCCACAUCCACUAUUUUGCUCAUCUGUGGGAAGGUUAUCCCCCAAUGGCCCCUCCUAAUACCUGCUACAGCCAAAAUGUCCGGGAACUAAAAAGCAGGAUUCUUAAGUUUGCCAAGGAAGAAUGCAAGGGAAGUAUUUUGAAGAUAUCAGAAUUUAAAGUCCGAAUACAGGAUCUAUGGAAGGCCUUGAUGAAUGAGAAUUUCAUCUUUAGAUUUAAGAACACCCGGGAAGUUGUGGCUAUGGAUAAACUGGAGACCACAUACAACGGUUGGACCUGGGAGCUACAAAACUAUGUGCUGGACUUGCAGAAUCAGCUAGCCAAACAGAUUUGGAAUGAGUUAGUUCAGGAGAUACUGAGAAGUUCAGUUGAAAGUCAGAUUGUGGAAAAACAUGAAGCCAUUAAGCAAGAACUUGAAAAGUAUUUUCAAGAAGACCAAGACAGAGAUAUAUUGGCUUCUUGGAAAGGAAAAUUUGAAGAUGAUUUGAGAACUCUUAAAAAUAAACUUGUAGUAGAAACCAUCAAAAAAUGUGAGGAUUUACUGACCAGAAAGAAAAUUCAAGACCUUUUAAAGGUACAAAAAGUAAAAAUUGAACAGAAGUUGCAAGAAAAAGUCAGAGAAGUGGCCACAUUUGUCAAGAGCACUGAGUUACAAGAGAAGGAGUUGAGAGACAUGUUCAACAAAAUCUGGUCAGAGAACAUCUCCAUUGUUCUGCCUCCCUCACUCUCAUUUGCUGACGACCCUGACAUUGAUGUUGACCUAGAGAACAUUCUCCUGCAGCAUUUUAAACAGCAUCCUAAUAUUGUCAGUAAAAUUAGAUAUCGUGGCACAAAGAAACCAUUUUCUAUCAACUAUUCUAAACAUGUUAUUAGUUCUCAAACAUCACAAGUAAAUGCACCUUCUGUGGAAGGUUUUGAGAAAGACAUCAUAAUGAACACAACAGCUCACAUUAUGAAAGUGGUUAGAGAAGUCAUAAAUAUAAGAGAACAAAAUAACCAAGGAUACAGCUCUAGUUACUUCCAUGAAAUUCUCCAAAUGAUUGACACUGAGACUGCGUCAGCAACUCAAGGGCUGGCGUUUGUGCUAAACAACAGAUAUAAACUAGAGCUUGCCUUGGAGCUGGUCCAAGAAGCAGCAAAGAGUUUUAAAAGGAUGUCUAUUGCAUUCAAACAGGAAAAUAACCCUGUCCUCUAUCUAGAGAGUCUAAAAGAGGAAAUUUUUAAUGAUUUUAGGUCAUCCCACAAAAACUACUCAAAUGUUAAUUGAUUUCCUCUGAUGCAGUUUCUCCUGUCCUACGAAUUAGUAUAAAUCUUAAAAUCUUUGACAGUUCCUUGUCAAUUUUCUUGUCAUCUGUUGCAUUCUCUUCUGUGAUGAACAUUUUUGUAACUAAACACAUACCUUGAAUCUAUCCUAGAAGUUUAGAAUUAGUUAAUCUUCCUGUAUGAAAUCUCCAAACUACUAUUUCACCAAAAGUUCAAGUUAAUUGUUCAUUAAAAUACACAAAAUAAGUUAUUCACUAUUAUAUCAGACAAUGAAAAAGUAGGGGCAAAUAUAAAUAAUAAUAAAGGGGCUGGAGAGAUGACUCAGAGGUUAAGAAGACCCAAGUUUAAUCCCUAUCACUUGUAUCAAAUAGCAUAAAACAACCUGUAACCUCAGUUCGAAGGAAUCCAUUGCCUUCUUCUGGCCUCCACAGGGACACACAACCCAUUCACACACACACAGACAGACAGAGAGAGAGAGAGAGAGAGAGAGAGAGAGAGAGAGAGAGAAAUAAAUAAAUAAUAAACCUAAAAGCAUAAAAUGUUAAGCCUGGUGGGUAGUGUACCCUUUCAACACCAGCAUUUCAAGAAGCAGAGGCAGGCAGAGCUCUGUAAGUCAGCCUAUUCUACAGAGCAAGU